UCAACUCCACAGCUUGCAAUCGAAGAAAAAGGUAAAACAUUUAUUGCCGGGUGUGAAUCAAUUUGUUUGGGAAAUAUAUUAGUUUCAGAAAAGUUUGGAAUAUAGGAAGUUAAGUUGCAUAGUCGCUACGUAACCAGUAUGUCUUUCGCGAAAUAAUACUGUACUAUGCUACGCCCAAUUGCAGUGUGACCGAGUUUCUUAGUUAAAUCACAUUUAAAGGAGUAGAAGCUAUCACCCUACACAACAAAUAUGGAUUGCUUAAAGUGCAACUGUGGCUGCGACAAUCUCAACAAAGAAGAGCUGAAAGCGCUAAUGAAAUUGUGCGAAAGAGUAAGAGAUUUUGUGAAUAGUCCAACCGCCCGGGCGAUGUUUCGAAGGAUGUUUUAUCCCGAUGAGCCCGAUAGCUACGAACCGCAGCCGACCGGAUCUCGAAAUCAUCCUGUGGGAAAACGUCCAAAACCAAAGGCCAUCAAAUAUCUGGAUUGCAUCGAGGAAGCGCAGAUGUUGCUUCAAGCGCAUGAUUUGAGCGAGGAAGUAGUUCAAGAGUUCGCCGAACGCAUUCCAGAUGAGGAGCUGGGUAAUCGAUUAUACGACAGUACCGAAUCAAAUCGCACGGAAGUUCUGCAAGCAAUCAUUACAGAAUAUGGCAACCUACUGUUCCUAAAUGAGCUAUACAAAAAGUUUGAGCUAAAUUUAUCCAAAGCGUACGAGGGAAAAGUUAAAAUUGAAAAGCGAUAGGAUUACAAUACCUGGUAGGCCAGGUAAAAUUAUCUUAAACGUUUUAAUUAUCAACUUAUCAACAAUUUACAUUUUUUGUAUAGAUUGUGUUCUUACUCUCGCCGUACAUUUAGUUUACCAAAGAACUCUUAUUUGCGAAUUUAAUUUAACUAAUGUUGGUUGUUCAUUGCAUCACAUUGAAGUUUGUUUUGUCAGUCACUAUAUUAUUGGCCAUCAGGUUUACCAGCCUUGUGCCUUAUAAAAACGUCUCAAGCCGUCGCUAGUAGAAAGGGUGCCACAAGGCACUUUGGCAGCUGAACAUGACUUUUAUUCAACAAUGUGUAGCGAAAACUUAAUGAUGUAUUCCUUUAUAAUCUACAGCUCACAUUGAACUUAAUUUUAUUUGCUUACAGUUUAUCAUAAUUAUUAAGGGGACCGAUGAAACGCGAUGGUUAAUAAACGGGGAAGAUGAAGAGUUCAUGCCGCCGUGUAAAAUAAUAUAAACGAUAAUAAACAACUCGAUUGCAUAA